ACUUGCUUCUGGAUAGAUGUGUGGGACAGAGGGCUCGUGGUACCAGCUGCCCACCCUUCUUCCUCUGCUCUGAGAAACAAAGUGGAUUGAAUCAAAAUAAAAACAAGUCAUUAUAAUCACUGUACAAGGAGAUGUGGCCGUGCUCUAAUUUGCAGCAGAGGAAAAGAAUGAAAAAUCAGCCUCACACGUGAAAGGUCAUUACCUAUCCUUAUCCCUAGUGCUCACAAAUACACAGAUAUCCUAUUUUCUAUUUUUCUCUAACGCUAAUUCUAAAGCUCACUCUCUUUCAUGGCCAUACCCAAUAUCUUCACCGUCCUUCUCUUGCUUCCUCUUCAUUUGGCUUUUGCAAACGUCACUUUGAAUUCAACUCUCUACGCCAGUGAUCAUAACUCUUCAUGGCUCUCAUCCUCCAAAGAAUUUGCUUUUGGAUUUCAUCCAAUCAACAACAGCACAAGGCUCUUCUUGCUUGCCAUCUGGUUCGACAAAAUACCUGCCAAGACCAUUGUCUGGAGUGCAGACAUCGCAGAUCCAGUACCACUGGGAUCGAGGGUUCAGCUCACAUCAACGGGUCUCACACUUACUAACCCCCGAGGUCAAGUGAUGUGGGCAAUCGAACCAGAAGAAGAUGUGUCCUACGGAGCAAUGCUUGAUACCGGAAAUUUUGUUCUGGCAUCCUCUAGUUCUUAUUUGUGGCAAAGUUUUGACAGUCCCACCGACACGCUCUUACCUGCACAAACUUUGGAUGUGAACAGUAAGUUAUCUUCUCGAUUGUCGUCAGUCAAUUACACAAAGGGAAGAUUUGAGCUUUAUUUUGACAAUGGAAAUCUCUCCUUGAGUCAAAUUGGGUGGCCAUCUGAGUUUCAUUAUGACAAAUAUCUGAGUAUUAGCACGAGUUCUAAUGACUCUGCCUCACAACUAGUCUUCAAUUCGUCGGGAUAUAUUUAUGUGAAGACAAAGAGUGGAGAUCAAAUAGCUCUUGGGUUGAGUAAUUCCAGUCUUUCUGUUAGAAGAUAUUAUUACAGGGCUACACUUGAUCCUUAUGGAGUCUUCUCGUUGUAUUCCCAUCCUAAGGAACCCAACGGAGAUCAAGGUUGGUCAAUUGAGGCGUACGUUCCUGAUAACAUUUGUACUGCAAUAUUUAGUGAUAUGGGUAGUGGUUGUUGUGGCCAUAAUAGCUACUGCUCUUGGGAUGACAACAUCAAGAGGCCAAAUUGUUCGUGUCCAAAAGGAUAUUUCUUGGCAGAUCCAAACGACAAUUUCGGAGGAUGCCAACCAGGUUUCUCCCUUGGUUGUGGAGCUGAUGAUACGCAAUCACGAGAAAAUCCAGAAGAGGUAUAUCAUAUGGAGCCUUUGCAAAGUGUGAAUUGGCCUCUGGGAGAUUAUGAAAGGUUGAUCAAUUAUACCCAAGAUGAAUGUAUAAAAUCUUGCUUGCAUGAUUGUAAUUGUGCAGUUGCUAUCUCUAACACUGGAAAGGAUUGUUGGAAGAAAAGAUUACCUGUUUCUAACGGAAGAUUAUCUACAAGUGCGGGUGGAACAACAGCACUCUUGAAAAUAAGAACUCAACAACUGGGUAAUCUUAAUCCUUCUCGGCAAAAGGAAUAUCGGGUCCAACCCGCUUUGUUAGGGUCCCUUAUUGGCUCCCUUGUUCUUAGUACCCUAUUGGCAGCAGCUUUGGUUUCGAUUAUUCUCUUAAAGCCCAAAAAGGCCACUCGUGUUACAAGCCUUGUCGAAACAAAUAUGCAUUCUUUCUCAUAUGAAGUACUGAAGGAGGCAACAAAUGAGUUCAACGAAGAAGUAGGAAGAGGUUCCUUUGGCAUUGUGUACAAAGGCAUCCUCAGAUCAGUAACAAAUACUGUUGUUGCAGUGAAAAGAUUGGACAGAUUGGCUCAAGAACGAGAGAAGGAAUUUAGGAAUGAGUUGAGCGCUAUUGGAAACACAUGCCACAAAAAUCUGGUUCGGCUGAUUGGGUUCUGUGACGAGGGAGAUCAUAGACUUCUGGUGUAUGAGUUCAUGAGCAAUGGUACUCUCGCCGAUAUUCUCUUUGGAAAAUCCAAACCCGACUGGAAUUUAAGGGUUAACUUUGCUUUGGGAAUUGCAAGAGGUUUGCUUUACUUACAUGAAGAGUGCGACACUCCUGUUAUCCAUUGCGAUAUUAAACCUCAAAAUAUACUGAUAGAUGCACAUCUGAGGGCAAAAAUCUCAGAUUUUGGGUUAGCCAAGUUGUUGUGUUUUAAUCAGAGUCGAACCCAGACAAUGAUAAGAGGAACUAGAGGAUAUGUAGCACCAGAAUGGUUCAAAAACGUUCCAAUAACUCCCAAGGUUGAUGUCUAUAGCUAUGGCGUGAUGCUGCUGGAGAUAAUUUGUUGCAGAAGAAGUGUGGAAAUGGAUAUGGAUAAAGGGGAGGAAAGAGAGGCAAUACUGACAGACUGGGCUUAUGAUUGCUAUAUGGAUGGAAGAAUAGACAUUCUCGUAGAGAACAAUGAGGAGGCCAUGGCCGAUAGAAGCUUGAAGAAGUGGGUGAUGAUAGCGAUGUUGUGUGUCCAAGAGAAUCCUGAAGUGAGGCCUACCAUGAAGACAGUGACGCAAAUGUUAGAAGGCCUCGUUGACAUUCCAAAUCCACCACCGCCUUCGUUCUACACCCAUGUUUGAUUAUCGCAAUUGUGGAAGCCAUAUGUAGUUUUAUGGUAAUUAUUAUCACCCUAAAUAAACUGCCCAGGUAGGUUAUCAUUAUACUACUAUGUUGUUCAGAAUGGUUGUAACUGCGCAUACUCUUUUCUUUCGUAGUUUUUGAACUUAACUAUGUCUUAGGAUGGUUUUAUGGUUUAUAAUUGAUGCUAUCAAACAUUAAGACG